AUGAGAGCUGGAUUGCAUGGUAAAGAAGAAGAAGUGUUAGACAAGUUGUUUAGGAGGUCCAAAAAAGCGAAGUUGGUCAAGGAUCAUCCACCUCCUUUUGGGAAGCCAUUGUGCUUGAGGUUUCCUCCUGCCCUUAUUGGUGACGUUUAUCAAAUUUUCACAAACCCUAAGCCCUCUUCUCCAAUUUCCUCUUCUCACCCAAUUUCCCCCUUUCUUAGAACUGAAAAAUCCUUAUUUGAAGAGGUUAAAGAUUAA